GUCGCUGGUGAAGCACUCUAGACGAGAUGGAAAGUCGACCUUUGAAGGAGCGAAUAGGUCCUCCCUCUGUUGAACAAAGCCGUAAAACUCCCUCAUCCGUGGUUGAAGAAGAACGUGAGGGUGGAGAAAUAAGCGACAGAGAGUCGUCUCGAAGUAGAGGUGCUCGUAGGGAUAGAAGUGGAGGUCGUGAUCGCGACAUACGCUCUCGGGAUGACGUUUAUAGGCCUGCGUUGGUUAUUCCACGGGAUUCAUACACUCACGAAGACCGGGACUGGAAUAGGAAUCAAAGGUAUAGAGGUACAGACCGAGAUGAGCGUGAGUGGGCGCGGGAUCCAGGCAGAGCGCGACAUUUUCGGGAUGAAAGAGGUGGAUGGAGGGACGAGAGGGAUAGGGAUCGUGACUUUGACCGUGGUCGCGAAGGGUACUACGAGACAGAUAGAGAUAGACGGUACAGGGAUUCGAGAGGCUCGUUUGACAAUAAUCGGGAUAGGGACUGGGGGAGAGAUGAUCGUAUACGAGACAGGGACAGGGACAGACGAUAUCCUGAAGAUAACAGAUCUUCAUAUUCUCGACGUCCAGACCCUGACAUUCGAUACCGGAGUCCUCCCCGGCAUGCACGGGCUCGAUCCCCUCCUACACACAACAGGCGCUACUCCCGAUCUCCUUCACCUCGCUUUUCCUCCCACGGUGGACGCGACAGAAGCUUCAGUAGGCCACGGGACGAGGGAGGCUCGCGGUAUGUACGGAGACGUGAUGAUAGUGUAGAGUCGAGGCGCUCCGGACCACGUCGUAGUGCCUAUGAGCGUGACCAGCCCAGUCGCGCGUAUCGAAAAAGAGAGCGUUCGAACUCACCCGACGAGUUGAGAGGCCAACGGAGGCGUCAAAGGUCACCCAGCCGGAGUAGAAGUCCAGUCAGUAGACGAAGGUCACCAUCUCCGCCGCCUCCCACUUCGCGCAGAGAGGAGAAACAACCUGAACGCCGAACAUCCUCGCCUCCCCGUUCGGCGCCCCCGCCGAAGCCUCUCACAAUGAUCGCAGUGAAAGACCAUCGUGGUGUAAAGGUGUCCCGACAAGGCACUUCUGAGGAAUUCGCCCAAAUACCAAAAGACACAUAUGGCACCACGAAUGCACCAGAACGUGAUAGCACUACUCCUGCUAGGGUCGAAGAAAAGCCAGCUCUGUUUGAUGCAACACGUCGCUCCUUAACCGGGACACCUGUUCCAAGAGAAAGUCCAGCUGCUCCAUCGCCCAUUCCUCGAGUGGCCAUUCCCCAUAACGCUCCAACUGGUCCACGUUCUGCUGCAGCGCAGCCUCAACCAGCACGUCUUCCCGAGAUUCCGGAAUUGCAACGCAGAAGACAUGGUCUUGCUUUGCAAGAGCUUGAAGACAAAACUACGGCUCGCAUGUCGCUGUACCAAGCUUUUGCACGCGCAAACGCAGCUGCACGGCGCGCGAAGACCGAUGCGGAGUUAGCGGCCAUAGAACUCCGUUCUGCGGAAUAUCGAAGAGCAUAUGCGGAACAGCAGAGGGAGCGUGCCUUGGAGGCUUAGUGAUUAUCACCUCUUGCUUUACUCAGUUGCAUCUCAUGUCUUUGCUUUCCGACUGUCCCUUUUCUGGGAUGUGCUUGUGCAAUGCAAUGAGGCAUGAAACUUCUUUCCGAUUUUACAGGCUAAGGCUUGGUUCGGAUGGAUGAGCACUGGUAUCCAUACCCCUAUGGAUGCAAGCGGGAAGCCGCAGUUUAAUUGUGGGCGGCGAUACGUAUUCAUUUGCAUGUCUGCAUAGAAUUGCUAUAUUGUUCCUAAAUGCUUCGUUUCAAUUCCAGGCGUCUUUCGCGAAGAUUCUUAUGGAGGCCUUGCACUGGUGACCACUCAAACU